UGAUCAUAAGAUUAUUUUAAUAUGAUGCUUGCUUUGUUGCUGAUUGUUUCCAAAUUAUUUCGUUGUGAACUGUCAGGACGAGACUAUAUCGGCUUACCCAAAAUGGGUCAAACUUUUUUGUAGUUAUAAUGUAGAGUCGAGUGGUUUUAGGAUCAGGAGCCCGAAUUAUAAAGUUUUAGGGUUCUGAGUUAUGUGCGAGGAGUUUACCAAGCAACCCAAAAAAAGGAAAUAAAGGCGAACAAAGGGGAAAUCAAUGGGUAAAUUCUUUGGUAGCGAAAGGGGAAAUAAAGGGGAAAACGCAUCAGAAUGUCGCCUUUUUCGCCUGUCCGGGGGAAAUAAUGCGGAUUUUCCCCUUUUUCGUCGUUUUGUCGACAAAUUACCGACUUAUUGCCUAAAUAUCCUCCGAAUUGUCGCACUUUUGCCUAAAUAUCCACUGAAUUUGCGAAUUUUCACCUAAAUAUCCGCCGAAUUGUCGCACUUUCGCCAAAAUUUUGGUUUGGGAGUUACGUUUUCGAAGAUGUACAGCUAAACUUUUGGGUCUUUUACCUCAAAAAGUGAUAUCAAACCUGAAGUUUUUAUAUUUAGCAUCAAGAAGCCCAUAAAUGGUUUUCAAACGUCCCAUCCUUCAUACUUCUAUCAUCUUCCUAUAUUAUAGAGGUCUUACACGAAAGCUGCAUCUUGGUUGACUAGCCUGAAGCCUGCCGAUGAACUCUGAAAGUCCUUGGUAUGACAUAAUCUUGUUCUUACUUUCUCAUCAUUCCUUCGCUCUAAGACGUGUUUUACAAUAAUAUAAUAAUUAUUAUGUAGUAGUGAGUUGUAGUGUUAUACUCUUAGGAGUAAUCAAAGAAGUAAUGUCGAGUAAUUUUCUAAGCAAUUGAAAGUGUGAUAAAGUAACUAGGAUAUGUAAAUUAAAAAUAACUAUGCCAACCUUAAUCAUAUUUAAUGAGAGGAUUAACAAAAUGUCUUGACAAAACGUUGAAUCAACAAUAGGGUAAAGGAAUGAAUGUCAAAACUAUGCGAAAACACAAAAGCAGAAUGAAUGUAGGCACGUCAUAAGAAAAGGGCACUUCAGCUUCUUUUAUUGGUUUGAAGAUAUUUCCAUAGGAAGAAAUUAAUUUGUUGCCAGAUUUUUAUGCUACGAACGUUCUACUGUAGCCUGUCAACCAUGAACAACCAACUGAAAAUUAGCCAUUUACGAGUUCCAUAUAGAAAAUCCAAUGAUAUAUUCGAUAUUAUAAAUUUAAAGUACAAAGAUCCUUUACUUUUGUUUAAGUCGUGGUUUGAAGAAGCUAUCAAAUGUGAAAAUGUUUUUGAACCUAAUGCAAUGGCUCUUGCAACGUGUAGCAAACAGUGUAUUCCAAGUGUACGGUUUGUUCUUUUGAAAGAAUUGGAUGAAAAUGGAUUUCAUUUUUUCACUAAUUAUAAUAGCAGAAAAGCUCAAGAGCUUGAUAGUAAUCCACAUGCAAGUCUUGUUUUUUAUUGGGAACCUCUUAAACGUCAGGUACGUGUGGAAGGCGUUGUUUCACGUGCUUCAGAGGUAGAGAGUGAAGAAUAUUUUCAGUCCCGCCCGAAGGCUAGUCAAAUUUCUGCUACAGUUAGUUCACAAAGUGAACCAAUUCCUUGUCGUGAAUUUCUGGACAAAAAGUACGUAGAAUUAGAAAACGAAUAUGCUGCGAGAGAAAAGCUUCCAAAGCCUUCAAAUUGGGGAGGAUAUAUUCUGUCUCCGAAAUCAAUUGAGUUUUGGCAAGGUCAAACAAACAGACUGCAUGAUCGUAUUAGAUUUCGUCGUUGUGAUCAAAUUCCAGAAAUAAAUGGAUCUGACCUAGUACACGUUGGAGAAAAUGGUUGGGUAUACGAACGACUAGCUCCAUAAAAGUUUGCUGUUUUUAUGCAUGAAUUUGUUUUAUAUGAGAAGUUUAGUUUCCUGCCACUUCUUGUAACAGUCAUACAUAUAGUCAAUAAAAUAUUCGCUGUAAUUCUUAAAAUGAUAAAUGUAAUCGCUUUCUCUGAGGUUUAUGAACUAGAGAUCGUACAAAG